CGUCGUCGAGCUCGUCAUUCCAAAACCGAUGUGAUUCGUUGAGUAGGAGAAUAAUUCCUUUUUAAUCUUCGUGUUUUAAUUUAAACUCUGGUUUUUUAUUUUUUUUUAUUUUAAAGCUUAUCGAGUAGCUUCAAAUUAAACAAUAGCUGACGAACAAAGUGUAGCGACGGCGGUUUGGAACUAACUCGACAGUACAGAGUAAAAAUUCAAUAUGGCUAUUAACGUGUACUCAACCAAUGUGACAUCUGAAAAUUUAAGUCGACAUGAUAUGUUGGCUUGGGUAAAUGAUACUUUAGCAGCAAGUUUUACCAAAAUUGAAGAAUUAUGCUCAGGCGCUGCUUAUUGUCAAUUCAUGGAUAUGUUAUUUCCUGGUAGUGUCCAAAUGAAACGUGUCAAGUUUAGAACAAAUCUUGAACAUGAGUACAUACAAAAUUUUAAAAUACUUCAAGGGGCGUUUAAAAAGAUGACAGUUGAUAAGAUAGUACCUAUAGAUAGGCUGGUCAAGGGACGUUUUCAGGAUAAUUUCGAGUUUUUACAGUGGUUCAAAAAGUUCUUUGACACCAAUUACCAAAUGACAGAAUAUGACCCAGUAGGUGCGCGCAGUGGUGAGGGAAUGGGAGCAGCCGGAGCAGCAUCCAGAGCAGGCAUUGCCAAAAAACCGUCUGCUGCAGUACCGCCUAGAAAUGUUCCCAAUAAUCGUUUAUUCCGUCCCGCGAGUAACAGCAAUAUGUCUAAUCGAGUUCCGGCAUCACGGCCGGCUGUUGGAACGGCUCAACGUGACAGAGGUGACCACAAAAUGGAUGAACUUACUAGACAGAUGAGUGAAUUAAGAGUAACAGUUGAAGGAUUGGAGAAAGAACGUGAUUUCUACUUUGGAAAACUCCGUGACAUUGAAGUAAUAUGCCAGGAACAAGAAAGUGAACAUCCUUUGUUUUCAAAAGUAUUGGAAAUUCUUUAUGCUACUGAGGAAGGAUUUGCUGCUCCAGAAGAAGUUGAUACUAACAAUCAUGAUGAUGAUGAAGCUUACUAAUAGUCUCUUAAUUUUUUACUCAAUUAUGAUAUAUUUUUUUUAAAUUGAUAUUUAUUAUAUUUUACGGAAUGCAAUAUAAUAAACUGCUAAAAGCACAUGUUCAAAUAGAA